AUGGCCACUCCUCUAGAAACUAUCCGCGAGGAUGCCAGUGAGGAAUGGGUGGAUAACGAGGUCCAUCGACACUACAACAUGCCCAUGGUAGUUAUGCGAGCCAAGCCUCGUAUCCUGAUGCACUGCAACGUGUGCCGCGAUACUGCUUCACUUCUAAAGACAUCGGUCAGUAUCGACAAGUGGGUUAAUGCCGAAUAUUUUAUCUGGGAGAUGUCCGCGGGCCUAGCUGACAGCGGCGUAAACCCACAGUGGACGGAGUUCUUCCAAAAACAAUACCAGGAAAAGUGGGCUCAAAUCCAGAGCGAGUUCGAGAACAUAGCCGAUCUGCCCGAAAGAUUCCUUCGCCAAAUUCCGGUCCCGCCAUUCCAGGAUGCAGAGGUGAGAAUCAAGGCUAACAAGUUCCCGUGUUAUUGGCGGCUCCGUGCGAAUACAAGCCGACACAUGAUUGACACGAGCUUCUGGCAUCUUUGGAAGUCGAUUCUCAAGCAAGACUCGCUCACCGUUGGUCCCUUUGACGUUACUCUCAGAGUACCCUCGCACACUCCUGCCGGGGAAGAUCCUGUCGAUCCUUGGAAUAUGUCUCUAUCAGACGAUCACCCUGGUGUUGUCAAUCGUGAAGAUGUAUCAUAUCUGCGAUGUGACCGCACAUGCAAUGAUUCCGCUCCAUUGGAUUUCACGUGUCUCGCUGAAGGAGGGCAGGGAGAUAGUAUCCCAGCUAGCCGCGGCCGAUCACGCUCUACCUCAGCUGUUAUGGACCUGCCGCAACGCAUGCGACAUUGUCUGUUUUUUUGA